AUCUAAUUAUAGACACAAUCGAGUUCGGGGGGGGGGGGGGGGGGGGGGGGGGGGGGGGGGGGGGGGAGGAGAGAAGCAGGACCGUGGCCAUGUACGUAUAUUUCGCUUGUCUAAAGUGCUGGAUUGUUUUCUUCUGAUCUGACGAAUGUACAUCAGUCGUGGAUACGGAACAGCUGCAGAAUGAAGUGUAAAAAAGAGCGUCGACACAAAACCAACAAUCGUUGUGUAAUAUAAAUAGCAGUAAAUGGUGGCAGUGGUAUCUAGGCUAUGACAACAUCAGAGCGGACUUGUCCUGGCUCAUGCUCAUGAUUGUUUAUCUGUUUGUAGCAACGGAGGUUUUAUUGUAAACUGUCGAGGUAUUCCGAUUGAAAAUCGAAACUGAAAGUAGAGAACCUCUUCAUAUGGCCUAUAUGGCGGACUGCAAUUUUGACGAUGUUAUUGACUACAUUACUUCUAAGCUAGAAGGUAAUCCUAUAUGCAAGGAUGUACGACAGCAUUUGAUGUCUAUAUCAUCUACAGCAGAUCUAAGGGAAAACCAACGAGCCACAGAGAGCUGGUUGAGAUGGGCCAGACAUGAGAAUCACUUGAAGGUCAUUAGCGCUGGAAUACCUAUUGGGGUCCUUCCCAGUGGACUGGAAGGGGAGAUCAUUGAUGUCAAAGUGUUCACCAAGCGAGGACCAGAUGAUGCUAUCUAUGACAAGAACAGGGAAAUCAGAAAACGGGUGGCACGUGGGAACAGCUUUCUACAUAUAGACAAGGGUCCAGAGUCAGGCACGCGAUGUGUUCUCCAAGCCAUGAAGAAAUUUACUGGGGGGUUGGGGGACGAUGAUGAUAGGGACAUGGGCGAUAAUUUGGUCUGGAAAAAAUAUUUCACAAGGCCUAUAGAAGAAGCUGCUAAAGUCAUAGCAACAAAAAAAGCCAAUGGAGAGGCUGCUCACCUUAGCUGUUGCAUGAUUGCUGGAGAGUAUGUCAUGUGUGGUGGAUCCAAGAAUGUACACAUGAUGUUCAGGAAAAAAGAUGAUAUUAAGAGGUAUGCAGAAGCAAGAUUUCGUAUAGCUAGAGAAGUGUGCGAGACAGUUGUUGACUCAUUAGACCAAAUGGAAGAGGAAACUAAAAACAGGUUGCUGAAGUUCAUGGCCUGGAGUGGUUACACAGCAGUUUUUGAGAUCCUGUCCCCUGAUCAUCAACAUAUUGUGGAUCUCUCUGGUCUCUCUGGACCAGAGCUUAAAUUCAUCACAUGGACCAAGUUUGAUUUAAAUCCAAAGGAUGAUGACUGUUUAGGAGCCAUUCCACCUCACAUUGGAAUAGAGAUUGCCAAUGCUCUGGGACUAUCGGGCGUAUCGUAUGAUAUUAUAUCUACCUCCGAUUUAGAUACCAGGAUGAAGGCGAUAAGACAAGGAUAUGAUUAUGAGGGAGAAGUCCUUUAUUUCAUGGACGAACAGGGAGAAGUUAUUGGACUCCUGAAGAAGAAGACUGUUUGGUAUAUCAUGUGUCGAGCUAUUCGUGAAAAAUUACGAUCUGCUUGUGUGACAAAGGAAAAGCAAUCUGAAGCAUUUUCUUUACCCAGGGUCCAAAAUAAGAUGGAGAGUAGAAUACAUGAGAUUCAGAAAUGGCUGUCACUUGAUGAUGAAACAAUAGAGAACUGGAAGAAUCUUGCAAACAAGUUUUUAUGCUGGACAUUGCACAAGUUUGAAACCGACUUUACGUGGGAUAACAUCAUUGACAAGUACCCCAUAACAUGGAAACAGUUCAUAAAGGAGAACAAUGAAACUGACAGAAUAGGUGUGAAAUGUUAUGAAGCAUCCCUCAAGAAAUGAAAGCAUCUAGGAAAAUUUACAGCAGCAUCGAUGCUUGACUUUAUUGCAACACUGAAGGAUGGUCCUCAGUUUCAGCUACAACAGAGCUCUGCACAUUCUGAAGACGGAAGUAUCUUUCCCAUAGGAAACCCAGAUAUAAGUAUCCUUAAUGCUGUAGGACUAAUACAUUGUAAUCUCUCCAAACCAUUCACCGUUACAGGACUGCAAUACAUUCAAACUCCAAUUUUUCCUUUUUGUGGUGAAAAAUCUGGAAUUGGAAGCUAUUUUACCACAAUUGUCUUACGUAAUUAUUUAGAGGCAAUAUGAUUUUAAACAAUUUUUCGUAUUUUCUUUUAUUAAUGUAUACAAAGUUUCUUCUUAAUAGACCAGAGAAAUACUUUUUAAACCUGAUGUUUGAACAUUUUUUAAUCAGUAUAAAUUUUUGCUCUUUCCAUUCGAGUAUUGAAGACUGUGAUAAUUUUUUCCCUUUUAUUUCUCAUUUUACAUUACUCUGGUCGUAAUAUGUAUAUUUGUUUUAUGAUAUACAAUAAGAUACUAAAAUGUUAUUUUACCUUUCUUAUGAACUAUACUUUGUUUUAUCUUUUAUGUCAUAAAAGUAUUCAAAUCUAUGUGCUUUUGAUUAAAGGUUUUACAACAUUAA